AUGGAUGUUUCUCCUGGAACAAAACUUAACAAGCAGUUCCCACCUGGUUACAAUAGUUUUGCUGGUUCUCUUCAGUUGGCUGAUGACUCAUCACCAAGCGACUUCACCUGUGACCUGAAUAAAAACCACGACCUGAGCCAUCACCCAAAGGAUGUUCCUCUGAACCAGCUGCCCUCUGGUAGCCCACAUUUAUUAGACCAAAGCCUGUCCGAGCUUGAAGACACAGUCAAGGACUGCUUCAGUCAGGGCUCACCCAUGUGUGUCUAUGCCCUAUCUGUCUCCUUUACCAUUGUAGUGACCAUUUCUUUGAUCCUGGAUAUUUAUCUUGGGGAGAGAUUGGUGUUAGUAAAGGGUGUGGUGGUGUCGGAUCAUGAGCGCUGCACUGCACUCGGCCAGAGAGUCCUCCUUGAUGGUGGAUCCAGUGUGGAUGCAGCCGUCACUGCUGCCCUGUGUUUGGGUGUUGUGCAUCCACACGUGUCAGGUGUUGGUGGAGGUGGGGUGAUGCUGGUACAUGACAGCCGUAAGAAUGAAACCAGGGUGAUUAAUUUUCAGGGAACUGCACCCAAAACACUUAAAGAGGAGAUGCUGCAAAAUGUUUCGGAACUAAAGGCAGGUUUGCAAGUGGGAGUGCCAGGUAUGCUCCGAGGGUUACACCGUGCUCACAGCCUGUAUGGGAGUCUGUCAUGGGAGGAUGUGGUAACCAGAGCUGCUGCUGUUGCCAAGGAAGGUUUUAAUGUGUCUUUAAGUCUUGCUGAGUCUAUAUCAAAGAUAAAAGGUGAGCAGCUGCCGCAACGUUUCAGGGACAUUUUCCUCCCAGGGGGCCAAGCUCUGCUCCCUGGUUCAUUUCUGAGGAUGUCCGGUCUGGCUGAAGUCCUCGAGGCUGGUCUGUCAAACUUCUACGAUGGGAAGGUCUCACAAGAGAUAGAGGAUGAGGUCCUAGCUUAUGGAGGGGUCCUGAGCAGAGAGGACAUUAGAAACUACAGUGUGCAAGUGGAGCAGCCAGUAGAAGGCCUGUACAAUGAAUUUAUUAUUCAGGUCCCUCCUCCCCCAUCCGUCGGUGCAGCGUUGAUAUCAGCACUCAACCUUUUGGAAGGCCUCCACCUCAAUGAGAGUAGUAACGCAGAAAAUAAAUCACACCACUGGAUUGCUGAGGCUCUGAAAGGAGCUUUGGAUGUGGCCAGUGGUUUGGGUGACCCUAAAUAUAACUCUUCAGUGACCAAGCUGCUCUCCAACAUGCUGAGCAAGAGUCGAGCUGAAAUCCUUCGCCAGAGGAUCAGCUACUCCCAUAUGUCUCCACCUGGGUACUACUCCACUGUCCACUCCCCACAGACGGAGCUGGAGACCGGACAGGUGGCAGUCAUGGGACCAGAUGGCCUCAUGGUAUCAGUUGCGAGUUCCUUGAGCAUGCCAUUUGGGAGCAGAAUCAUAACACGGUCAGGAGUUAUUCUCAACAGCGUCAUCCAUGACUUCUCCUGGCCAAAUAAAACCCGAGGGCAACUCUUAACCAACCAGAAGAACAGAGUGCAUCCAGGAAAGAGGCCCCUAUCAUCUCUAUUGCCCAUAAUAGUGGUGCCAGCAUGGAAUAGAUGUGGGAUCUACAUGGCACUGAGCAGCUCAGGUGGACAACAGAGUUUGAGUGUGAUCACCCAGAUGUUGAUCAAUGCACUGUCCUUCCAUAAAGACAAAAAUGACAGCCUUUCCCUUAAAGGACUUCAACUUCUGCCAAACAGACUUCUUGUUGAUUCUGAGAUUACAGAAGAGGAUGUGCAGUCUGUGCAUGGAAAGGGUCACGUAGUUCAGAGAGAGAAGACGAACUCUGUUGUCCAGGGGGUCUUGAGGAACGCAGACAUCAUUACACCCAUAACACCUUAAUUAACAGAGAGUCUCUUAUAGUUUUAUUGUUCUCAUUAACUUUGUUUUUUCAUGAAUAUCUUCCAAGAGCAUAUUAUAAAAUGAAAGAAUAAGUUAUGGUAUUGUUGUAUGAUGUCAAUUUACUGUUCUCCGGUGUUUGAUAUUCUUAUGUAAUGUUGAUCACCAGCCAACAGUCCUCAAACUAGUACUUUCUACUAAAGAAGGCAAAUAUUUCUAUUCAUAGGGAUUGUCUUGGAACUUUUUA